GAGAAAAAGAAUAAUAAUAAAAAAAAAAAAAAUAAAUAAAUAAAUAAAUAGAUAAAUAAAUGAAUAAAUAAAAAAGAAGAAAAAAGGAAAAGAAAAAAAAGAAAAGGAAAACAGAAACUUUAAGAUCAUCGUGUAUAUUAGUGAAUUAGAAAAUAUUGAUACUUUCCUUGUUCCGUAUAUCGUUGGUCGAAGAUGCGAUAGAUCGAACACACAGCGGAUCGUCAAUGAGCGCGUCGCAAUAAUUGCUUUCCUAAAGAUUUUAACGAUUACGUUAUUUAAUUGCGCACAUAUGGGAAUGAGUUUAGCAGUAAAAAAAAACCAAAGGAAAAAGAGAGAAAAAAAAAGAGAAAAAAAGAAAGAAGAAAGGACAAUUUUGUUACGCCGAAUUAGACUGACCUUCUGAUAAGACAAGGAAAAAGAUAAUGGAAAAAAAAAAAAAAAAAAAAAAAAAAAAAAAAAAAAAAAAAGAGAAAAAGUAAAAAAGAAAGAAUAAAAAUACAAAAAGAACAAAAAAAGAAAAGAAAAAAGAAAACCAAUUCAUUUGUCUUUAACGUUGAUAAUCUUUGUAACAUUAGGCCGGAAUUAUUAACGAAAGAUAAUAAUGAUAAUAAUAAUAAAUAAUUAAUAAUAAUAAUAAUAAUAAUAAUAAUAAUAAUAAUAAUAAUAAUAAUAAUAAAUAAUAUAAUAUACUAUAAUAAUAAUAAUAAUAAUAAUAAUAAUAAUAAUAAUAUUAAUAUUAAUAUUAAUAUUAAUAAUGAUAAUAAAGAAGGCGCGACGGAAGGUCUUCAUUGCGUGUUAGCUCUAUCACAUAUUAUACUUCACCAACGUAAUAUGUUCACAUUCGUCAUACUUACUAUGCGGACGCACGGAGCCUAUCGUUGGAAAGCAACUUUUCUCUAUUUUGCCGUGUUCUUUCUCAUAUAGAUGAGGCUUUACAUAUAUAAUAUCUAAUGUCUACAAUUAGAAAAUCUUUCUCUAUCUGUCGUUUACUAUAACUAUCGUAAUUAACAUAACGCAUGUCAGCGCACGCGGAUCUCUUUUUAAAAAAGGAAGCGUUCACGAGCACGCAUGAUUCGGCGAUUAAAAUUCUAUUCUCACAGCACAUGACACAAGGAAGAGGAAAAAAGAAAGAAAGAAAGAAAGAAAGAGAAAAAGAAAUAAUGAAAGAAGUAAUGAAAGAAAUGAAGGACGAACGUUUUAAUAACAAUUUGGCUCAACAAAAUUGCGAUCUUAAAACUACGUAUCUAUGUAUGUAUGUAUGUGUGUAUGUAUGUAUGUAUGUAUGUAUGUAUGUUUUUAUUUAUUUACUUAUUGAUUUAUUAUUUAUUUAUGCGCAUUCGAUUGACUUCCAAACGCGAUAUCAUCUUUAUCGAGCAAUGUCAUCGAUAGAUCGAUCAUUCUCAUCUUUCGUCGCGUAUAACGUCGCGAGAGAACUUUCUUUUUUUUUUUUUCUUUUUUUUUUUUUUGUAACAUAUUACAAUGAUAGAUGAUAUAUGAUAUAUAUGAUAGAUCAAAAAAAGGGAAACUAUAUUUACUUCGUCAGACGGACACGUUACAAAAAUCUAUAUUAUCUUCUUCGAAUAUCUUUCUCUUCUAAUAUAUCAAUCUCUAUAAAAUGAUAAAUAAUCGAUGAUGUUGUUUCGAAUAUUCAUUCGAUGAUACGUAUUUUUGAUGAUUAUCCAAAAAUAAUGAACGAAUAAAAAAGAAUAUAAAAAAAAAAAAAGAAAAAUAUAACAACGUUCUUCUUCUCGAGAAGGAGGAAGAAGAAGAAGGAGGAGGAGGAGGAGGAGGAGGAGGAAGAGAAGGAGGAAAAAGGGGGUGAGAUGGAUUAAAGAAUAUUAUAAAGCAGGUACAAAUUGCGCGUAUUAUCUUAUAUCUUACUCUCUAUUACUCAAGAGACUCUCUCUCUGUAUAAGUAGAAUUGUGAAGAUCUAUCUUCUCUAUAAAAAAAAAAAAAAAAAAAAAAACAAA